CGCGCAGGCCAGGGAAUGGAAAGGCGCCGCGGCCGCCAGAAACUCAAACGACGCCCCGAAAGCGAAAAUUUCGCUGCCGCCUUCUCGGCCCCCUUAAAUCCGUCCCCCGAUUUCCUCCUCCCGCCUCCCCAUCGCCAUUGCCAUCGCCAAUCCGCCCGCCACAUCGCGCCGCAGAUCGCCCGGAGAGCAGCCAAGGCCAUGUCGUCCGCAGUCGUCGUCCGCCGCGCGCGCUCGCGGUCCUCGCCGGGGCGCUUCGACUCGUCGCGGCGCACGCGGCCGCGGGUGGAGGAGGGGCAGCGGCCGGCGGGCCGCGAGGAGGAGGAGGAGAAGGGCGACGCGGCGUCCGCGCUGCCCGACGACAUGCUGCUGGAGGUCUUCAGGCGGCUGCCGCCGCCGACUGGCGCCGUCCGCUGCGGGUCGGUGUGCCGGCGCUGGCGCCGCGUCGUGUCCCGCGCGGCCGGCCUCCCCGCCCCGCCCCGCCACUUCGGCUUCUUCCGCAACCACGGCCCGUCCCCGCUCCCCCCGUUCGUCCCCACCGCGGGCGUCUCCCUCGGCCUCGGCUUCCUCCCCGUGUCGCCCGCCUGCGGCGUCGUCCUCGUCGACUGCCACGGCCACCACCUCCUCCUUCGCGAGCUCGGCGGCCACCGCGCGACGGAACUCAACCUCCUCGUCUGCAACCCUCUGCAGAAGACGUUCGAGCGGCUGCGACCCGUCCCCACCAGCGGCCACAUCGUGUCGUGCUGCACAGUCGUCCCGGGGGAAGGGGCCGAGUUCCGCGUCCUCGUCCUGCUCUUCGGCCAGACCUCCCCCAGCUUCUAUGUUCUCAUAUACUCCUCUGCUUCCUCUGCUUGGGAGGUCGCCACCGGCGCGCUGAAGCGGCCCCUGAAGCCACAGCACGGCCCGUCCGCCGUCGUCGGGGACGUCGUGUACAGGCUGCAGUCGGAUGUUGCCCCGAAAUGCAUUCUGUCUGUCAACACGGCCAAGGCGACCCUUUCCGCAAUGCCGCUGCCCAACGCCGAGAUGCCCCUCUACGCCGGCAACAACUGGAUCGGCAAGACGGAGGACGGCCGCCUCUGCUUCUUCGCGAUCCGGGAGCCUCUGCUUCUGGUGACAUGGGUGCUGGAAUCGCCUCGGAAGUGGACGCAGCAGGAGCCGUUGGCACUGCGGCCGCUGAUGACCCCAGCCACGGUCGGGGAUCUCCACGGCAUGAAGCUAUCGGCCAAGAUCGGCGACCAGGUGAGCAACGGGUGCAAGCUUGUGAGCUUCGGUGGGUUCUGCGAGGCCACCGGGACAUUGUUCUUCGUCGUGGCGGACCGGGUGGUUUCGCUUGACCUCAAGACGUUGAAGAUGGAGAGGCUAUGGCACAACGACGACGAGGCGAGACCCCUCGGCGACCUCUACCCGUACGAGAUGGUGGCGUGGCCGCCGGCGCUCAAGGAUCUGGUGAAUCCUCUGGUGAAAGCAUAGUUUGCUUGAUCACUGCGUGUUUAUUGUUGUAGCGUGUGUUUUGGCGGUGUCAGUGAGAUGGGAAUUGCUACGUUGAGUAUUACGGUUGGGUUUGUACUUUUGGAUUUGAUUGAAAUGUGGUGAAGAUAAUGAUAUUUGUGGUUGCAGUUAGAGUUUCCAUAA